UUGCCUGGUAACGCUACCAGCCUACCCGCUCGCCUGCCAGCCGGCUAGCUCGCCAGCCGUGCUCCCUCUCGCCGAGCGUCCAGUCGCGGCACAACACUCGGGGGGUAUUGAUCGGACAAAGGACCUUCCGGCCGUCUUUCUGUCUGCCUGACCGGCCAGUCCCCAACUGACCGUGGCAGCGAUCGCAGCUGAACAGCAAACCGAGAAGACAGUUACAGCGUGUACACGGUCGUCGUCGUUCGCAAAUCCUCUGCGCAGCUGCUAGAGAGACGUACUGUCCGGUGGCGAAAAGUAUCACGUACUUCCGCUGACACCGGUAGCAGGUGAGGAGCUGCCAGCAUCACCACAGCCGCGGAAGUAACGACGCCGGCGUGGACGAACAACAGGACUCGCGCACGCCGUCUCCAGCAGCAGUCAGCAGUGUGACGCGUACUCAUGUAAAGUUUCGUGUGUCGACCGACGCGUGUUGCCACUGCAAGAAGUAAACAUUGUUGCCUGCAGAGGUAUAUAUCUUUGUUAUUAACUCGACAAGAGUAUAUCAGCAGCAGACAGAUUUGAAAUUAUUGUCGUGUUUUAGCGAGUGGCUCACUCUUCGUGUGACUGUGUUGUUGUUGUUGUUCUCGUUUGUCGUCCUAGGCACAAGUAACACUGUGUGCCGGCAGUGAUAUCGUGGCGGCGUGGCGCAUCGCCAUGGCGAGCGCGAAGACUGCGCCGUCGCUAGUGCCUGUUAAAAGGCCCAUUCGCCAGCUGUCUGUGCUGGAGAAGCUAGAGGCGAUCGAGCGUGUGCACAAUGGGGAGUCGAAGGCUUCUGUGGCACGCGACAUCGGUGUGCCCGAGUCGACACUGCGAGGCUGGUGCAAAAGCGAAGACAAGCUGCGUAACGUAGCGCAGUCCUGUGGAGGUGGUGGUGGAACGCCGGACUCUCAACAUUCGGGCGGUGCCGCAGAAUUAGCAGAACUUGACGCACUUGUGGAACAAGGAACCUCCGGUGAUCAUCCAGCCAUUAAACGAAUGAGGACGGCGUCCGAUGACGAGAAGGCUUCUGUCGCUGCCGUCGCCGCCGCUUCCGAUAUAGAGGAUUCUUUGUGGUACUGGCUGAAACAGGACCACCAGCAUGUGAGUAAUCAGCUGUUCGCAGUGGCAGCGGCGGACAAGCUGGCAGCAGCAGCGGCCGCUGGGGCGGCAGUAGCGGCCGUCGCCAACGGCGGAAGCGGAGGCGGCGUCGCCGGGGGAGCAGCGUCUGCGGCGGCACCGGCCAACGCCGGAUGGUUCUGGCGUUGGUAUAAGCGAUACGGCUACACGCAAUAUCCCGGUGAUCCGUUGGCGGCUCUUACAGCCGCUCCCGCACCGGACCUCAGGGCUGCGGGGGCGGCGCUAAACGGUGGUGGGGGCGGCACGGCCUCCAGGUCAGCGGCGCUUCUCGACAGCGUGCUUCUCAAUAACAACAAUAACCUGGCUGCAGUCGCUCCUGCAUUCAACAACAAUCACGGAAAUACCAAUACGUCAGCGACGACGCACCACGACCAGCACAAUAGCGGCGCCAGUAACGGUACGAACGCGAAUGGCAGCGCCGGCAACAACAACGGAUCGUCGGACGAGGACGACGAGCUGGACGAGUCGGACGAACCACCUGCAACGGCGGCGGAGGCCGUGACGCACGGAGAGAAGUUUCUCCGGUGGCUGGAAUGCUGCUCUGAUCCUAGCAUCACAGCUAUGCAGAUUCUUCAGUUUCGCUACUUGCUCAACAAUGUGCGGGCGUGCGCCGAUCGACGUGCGAGACAGACAAAAACGAAAAAAGCGCGCUCCAGGAGAAAGUAAGUGGUACGCAGCUCGUUUUUACCGCGGUGUUGUGACGUUAAUUCGAGGGAGCAACAAAUGGAUUAUGCUCCCUUACGUGGGAAGGAACUGUAGUGAAGCUUUACCUGUUUUGUUGUUGAUAUUCGGUGCAGCAGUUGUACUGUAUGUAAUCAACGUCGGUCGUGUUUUUCAGGGUGUAGACUUUUCACUCCUCGACAGUUUGAAUGUUUCUUGACAUUGCGUAAUAUUAAUUUAAGGAACGCUAUCGCUUUGGACAUGAUUUUAUUAAUGCUUUCUAGGAGAAGGCUGUUACAUUUGUUUUGUAGCGUUGGGUACAACGUGCAUAUAAAAACCGGCAGUUCAGUAGUCAGUUUUUGACUAACGAUAUCGCUGUUUUGUAGCGCUUUCACAGAUAUGUUCCUGUAAAAUUUCUGACAGUUCCUGCGCACUGAGGCGCCGGCCACUUGCGCCACUACUCUUCACGUAAACACAAGUGUGACGAAGUUGAAACGUUUUUUACUGUUUUUAUUCUUGUCGUUGAAACGUUUCGUAUAUAGCCUUAAUGAUUUACUAAACUAUCCACAGGUUAAAAUCCUCCAGAAAAUGAGUUACUAAUAGCGAUGCUGUCAUACGAAGGCCCAGGCACCACUAAAGGUACUGUUACUGCGCGGGUUUAAAUUUGCUGCAAUUUUGUGUUGAUAUUGACAUUUAGCAAUAAGUGUUCAACUUACAAUUCUGUUAUAAAUUUGUGUUAAUCGCUUUAGUUGUCACAGAAAACCAGGCAGUUGAAAUAUUAUUGCCCCUUAACUGUUUCCAUACAGUAACUGACAUGCCAAAGUAUAUUUUGUUUAGUGGGACGUUAAAACUGAUUUGCGGGAUGUUACUAGAAUGUCUUUAGGCUGUGUAACCAGUUCUGUAUUUUGGUUUAUGAAUUUAUAUAAAAUUUUAUGUUGAAUAUACAGUGAGCAAAACCAUAUUACUGUAUUUCUGGGUACACACACACACACACACACACACACACACACACACAAAAAAAACCACUUUGACA